UCCAUUUCGAUCGCCAUUUCCAUUCUGUCUCAUCUGUGCACUUUCUUUUGUUUUUGUUUUUGUUUUGUUCCAGAGAAAGAAAGAUGUGUGACCAAAACCCUUGCCUUCUUCCUCUUCUCUCAUUCAGAAUUGUGUGACCUCCAUUUCCUUUCAUUUUCAUUUUCAUUUUGGUGUUGUUCUUCAAGAUACUAGCUCGGAUUUAUCAAAUCUAUGCACCAGAAAAUGAAGAAGGUUCAGACAUGUUUGAAUACUGACACUAUCUUUGAUAUUAUGACCCGGAUUCAUGCAAAGCCCUUGCUUGCUUUGAAGUGCAUUUCCAGAGAGUGGCACCGCAUCAUUUCCAGCCGCUCCUUCGUCAAAUCCCAGCUGGAAAACACAGACCUCGUCUUAACGGGCUUCAUUGUUCAAGAGAAGUUUAUGUGGUGCAAAGAAGAUAUUAAACCUGUUAAUUACAUUCCUGUGGAGUCAAAAGGUGCCAAAGUGCACAAUGAGGUUUUCAAUUUUCUUCCUGAAGAUGUGGUUGUGUUGGCAUCGUGCAAAGGGGUGGUGUGCUGCCGCAGCUGUUUACCUUCUCCAGAGCCAGCUAUGUAUGUAUGCAAUCCUUCAAAUAGGGAGUGGAUUAAAUUGGAGUACCCUGAACCUUCCUGUGACAGAAAAGAAAGCAUAGCACUGGCUUUUGAUUUUGAACUAUCCAAAUGCUCCAUUGACAUCACUUCCAAAUUCAAGUUGGUAAGAGUUAAGCAGGUUGAGAAUGAUGAGAUGGAAUUGUACCUAACAUUUGAGUUAUACUCAUCAGAAACUGGACUGUGGAGGAAAUCAAAUGAAAUCUGCCAAUGUGAUAGCAAUUUGAUCAAGAACAAAGGCAUAUACAUCGGAGGUGUCCUGCAUUGGCUCACAGAUAGUGAUCAAGUCCUGACUUUUGAUACUGAGAAGGAGCUGUCUUGGUUGAUUUCGAUACCUGUCCCGUCGUUCGAGUUUAGGACUGUUCCUGAAGCAUGUAUUGGAGAAUCUGAGGGAAAAUUGCAUUAUGUCCAAGUAUCUGAAGAGGGUCUUCAUGUAUGGUAUCUUGAAGUUGAAGAUUAUUAUGAGUUUAAAUGGACACUGAAGCAUUUUAAAACUUUGGAGGAGAUUGAAGGAGAAUAUCCACACUUCUUCCUUAAUUUAAAGAAUCGAGUAUCGGAGCGAGUGAGUUUGGAUACAACCCCAUGGAUGAAUCCUCUUGGCUUCAAAGAUGGGGUUUUGCUAAUGAAGGUGUCUAUAAAUCUGUACAUUUAUGACAUUAAGAAUAGCAAGAUGGUCCAAGCUUGCUCCGUUCUGGAUCUGAACCCAAAAUCCAUGUCCCAUCCUACAGUACUUCCUCAUUCCUUGAGCUUGGUUCCAUUAAACAAUGCAUAGAAGGUAAGGUGCCUAUUUCUUCCUAUGAGAUUUUGAUACUACUAAUAGAGCUUGCUGAAUGUUUUGAGAUAUUAGGUAGGAGCUUGUUUUCUUUGAAGGUUCUUUCCCUCCCCUUCCACAAUGGAGGAAUGACUAACUGUUCCCUAGAGACUUAAUAUCUGGAGUCUGGACACUGCUGAGCAUAUUUGAGGGUGAUGAAGUUACAAUAUUUCUAGUUAAAAGUUGUUAUCAUUUCAGUCAAUACAUUACCACUUUACCUUAUAUAGUUUUGCUUUAGUGAAUCUGAUGCUUAGUUUAUAAGACACAUACAUCAGUACAUGAACUGCUUAUGCCUUAUAGCACUCUUCUAGAACUUAUACUCGAGAGU